CGACAACACUCGCAGCGAACACAUUGCAGCUUCGGACUCUUCGAUCAAACGUUCUUUAUAUUUCUCAGCUGUAAGCUUCAAGAGCAAGAAUGGCCCCAAUUCAGAAGCACAUUUCAUCUAUUACCAAAGAGAAUUCAGAAAGAGCGACCAGCAAGGCCUUCACAGCCAGCAGUUGCUUUAACACAACCAGAACAAGCACUUCAAGCAACAGCAUAACUGACAGUGCUAUCACCUCUAAUCGUGUCAGUCCAAGGAAUCACAUCACCCGUUUCGACAGAGAAGGAGAGCGAGAGGUCGCACUGCCUAUCAUCUCACGAGGUCACUUCUAUCAUGACUCCUUCUUCAAAGAUCUCCGAGAACAGUUCGAUAAUGCCAUAAAGGACACAUUGGACCUGUGGAAUUCCAGGUCACCUUUCGAGGAUGACCUGCUCUCCUACAGGCGAAUGCGAGACCUCAACCUCACGGAAGAGACUCAGGCUCUUUCCAUCAAACAGGAUGACAGCUCUCAUCAGGUCGUGAUUGACGUGCGCGACUUCAUGGACGGCGACAUCAAGGUGAAGGUGGUGGACGACAGCGAACUAGUGAUAGAAGGUAGCGUCGAGAGGCGACAGGAUGGCGCCGUCUCGAAGAACACUUUCUGUCGACGAUUCUCAUUCCCGGGUCUCUUGAGCGAAGACACUGUGUCUUCGUCCAUGUCGGCAGAUGGAGUUCUUACUGUCACUGUUCCAAAGAAGAGUUCCUUGACAAACAAGGACGGCCAAACUAUCAAAAUCACUACCUCGCAUAAAGAGUCUGCAGAUGCUACAAAUGCACACAAGAAUAUCACAAACAACGUCGAAGCGAAAGAAAUUAGUGUCGAAGAUAAAACAUCAAAAUCGUCUCAAGUGAAAGUGCAACAAGAUCAGGCUCAGUCGACGGAGUCUCAGAACACACAGACUUCGAGCGACUCGACGGAGGCCAAGCCACUUGCUCCCUUCCACAUUCUUCCCAUUUCCGAAAGAGGGCCUUUCUUCUGCGAUUCCUUCUUCCAGGACACUCGACAGCAAUUCCAAGAAGCCAUCGACCAAGUUCUCAAAGACUGGGGACAACUGGACUCUGCGAGCGACCACAUGAACAUGUACAGGAACUUGCGAAAGCAUAACUUGCAAGAAGAGAACCAAGCUGUCGCCUUCAGCGAGGACCACCAGUGUUAUAAGAUUGUGGUGGAUGCACAUGACUUCAAGGAAGGCGACGUCAAGGUCAAAGUGGUGGACGAGAAUGAGCUAAUAAUCGAAGGCAAUUUGGAGAUCAAGCGAGAUGAUUCCGUGUCCAGCAAGAGUUUCUUCCGCCGUUUCUGUUUCCCAGGACUCGUGAGUGCCGACACCGUCACGUCUGUGAUGUCAUCUGACGGCAUCCUCACUGUCAACGUAUCAAAGGCAACAUCGGAAUCUAAGACCAGUACGGCCUCUCAAGCGUCACAAUCUCAGGUUUCACAAUCUUCCUCUAAUAGUACAGAAGAAAAACGAACUUUCGCGAAGGAAUCAACAUCAGAAAGACAAAGCUUUCACUCCGAACGCCGGAAUGUAAGUGAAAAAAGAAUUGAAGCGACAUCAUCAUCGUCCAUCGUGAGCAACAUCCUCAGUGAGGAAAAUCAUCAAGAAAGUGACGCCAUUAACAAAGUCAGUGAAAGUGGAUCUAUGCUUUCACACAACACACAGUCAAGCAAGGACAUUGUGAACAACCAGUGCCUUCCCAUCUCCUCAAAGGGUCAGUUCUUCUCUGAUUCCUUCUUCGAAGACGUUCGUAAGGACUUCGAAACGGCUGUCAAUGAAGUCCUCAGCAGGCAUGACAUUAUGAGGAGUGCCAACGACGAUCUCUCCUGCUACCGAAGUCUACGGGAACGUGAGCUCAAGGAUGAGACUCAGGCGAUGAAGACCACGGAAGAUCAACACGGAUUUAAGGUGGUGUUGGACGUCCACGACUUCAUGAACGAAGACGUCAAAGUGAAGGUGGUGGACAAUAAGGAGGUGGUAGUGGAAGGUCGUGCGGAGAAGAACGACGGAACCUUGAGGUCAAGCAAGAGCUUCUGUCGACGUUUCACUUUUCCUGGCGCAGUAGACAUGAAUGCUGUCACUUCAGCAAUGUCUUCCGACGGUGUCCUCACCAUCACUGCGCCAAAGGUCUAAAGUUGGAGAACAGACAAAUGUUGAACAAAAAUGUUAAAAAUACAAGAACUGAUUCCACAUAUCACGGAUAAAAGUUGUUACAAAUGUUAUUGAUGCAGCUGUGAUAUUGAACGUUAAAGAAACUUAAUGACUAGCAAUGGUGCAUUGUAUUUUUCUAUAAAUCUAUUUUCAUAAAAUAAAUUUAUUUACCCAA